GAUGCUGCGAGGACGUCCUGCAGCUUGGUAGAGUGUUACGAGGCGGCUGAGCCCUGCCCUUCCCAAUGGAAAAACCCAAUGCUCCGGCACUGAGGGUGGAUGGGAUCAGCGCUUUAAAAGGGAAUGCCGUGUUAAAACCGGUGCGGUAUCUCCUCGCUGAGCUGAUGCGGGCCGUUUAACCCGUGUAAAUGAAAGCGUGACGCGUGUCAGGCAGCACGCUGAUACGCGUGGACACGAAACGUAAGCCAAAGCAGUGCUGUCGUUUCAGGCAGCUACUCACCGGUUCCCUGCGUCUUCCCGGCUUUUCAUAAGGCCCCACCUGGCUACAGAAAGCGGAGGGAAACGCGGAGCUGUUGGCCGCCUUCUCGAGCAAGGCAGAUUUUCCUUUAACAGCAGCGACGCCGCUGAGGUCUGGCACGGCCUCGCAGACGUCACGCAGACUUCGGGUUCCCACCCCCGGCCGUCACGUAUCAGCGCGGAGCCAUGGCUGCCACUGUGCAGGAGUGCCUGGAGCUCCAGCUGCUGGAGGUGGAAAUGCUCCUUUCCAUGUUCCCCAAGAAAGGGGAGAUUAGCCUGGACGAGGCUGCCGUGCCCGCCCUGCAGCGCUACCUGAAGGACGGCGGCGGAUCCCUGCCCCCGCUGCUCGAGUAUUCGGUCGCUGUCGGUGUCGGGGAGCCGGAGGUGAAAGUGGAAUUGCAGGUACAGUUGCCUCAUAUGUAUCCCCAUGUGGCUCCUCAGCUUUUUGCAAGAUCAAAUGCACUGCACAGACAGCAACAGUUGCAGCUCAACACUCUUCUCACUUCUCACAUCAGCUCUUUGGAUUCAGGUGAACUGUGCGUAUGUGAAGCUGUGCAGUGGCUGAAAGAGAACAGCCUGCCUUAUUUAGAAAAUAGUAAGGUCUCUGCUGAAAGUGUUUCAAAGGAAACAGUAGUUAAAGAAACAAUUCAACGUAUGUGGAUCUACAGCCAUCAUAUAUACAGGCAGGAAUUGAGGAAGAAGAUCUUUGAGUGUGCAAAGAAAUUAAACCUGACUGGCUUCUGCUUGACAGGAAAACCUGGGGUGAUCUGUGUGGAGGGAACCAGAGAAAACUGUGAGGAGUUCUGGCGUGUUAUCAGGUAUCCCAACUGGAAGCAUAUUUCAUGCAAACAUGUGGAGACUGUAGAAGCAGAAGGAAGCAUUGAUAAUUUGCGCCUCUUUCAAACUUUUGAAGACUUGCAGUUUCAGGCCCAUGGUGAUUAUGGCCUGAGGAACGACUAUCACAUGGAUCUGGGCCAGUUCCUUGAAUUCCUGAAACAGCAUCAAAGUGGACAUAUUUUUCAGAUUUUAUUUGGUGUUGAAGGCAAACUUGCAGACAAAUAAGAAAAAAAAGAUGUAAAAGAAUGCUGACUUUGGACAGCAAGAGAUGAAGCUGACAUUAAAAUUUAUCCUUAAGCUAUGGCUGCUGUGAAAAGAGAAACUCAGUGUUUAACACAGAAGGACAGUUCAAGCAGAUAUUCCUGGCUCUGUUCUGAAUUGCAGUGUAUUUUUUGAAAGAGGUGCUUGUUUACUUAUUUUCAGAGACCUUAAAAGCAAGCAUUUAUCACUGAGCCACAUCUCACAGAAGCGCUUGCAAGGUGAUGAAAAUCCCACAUGGUAGUAUCCUGAAUUACUGGUCUGCAAUCAUCCAUACUGUGCUGUGUUACUAAGCUGGGGUGCAGAGCUUUAGUUAACUUUUUCAUUUAGUUGUGUGUCACCAAGGUGGCUGUAGAGAUUAAUACAAUUUCCAGUAUAAAAGUACAUGCCACCAAAGGGAGUCAGAGAUUUGCUGCAUUCAUUAUCUUUUACUGCUGUAUGAAGCAUCUGCUCUCACUUAAUUCAGCUGAUCCAAGAAAAGCAAAGACUCUUGUGCCCAAGCACAGCACCAGGUUUUGCAUUUAAAACAGAGGAGUGUGUGUGCGGGGAAGUAAACCUACAUCACCUCUCAUUUGGAAGCUCUGGGUAGUGUGUCUUUACAGGGAUAGUGUUAUUGCCCACAUUUCCAAUAGCAGCUUCUUCUCAUCUCAUUAGGGUCUGGUUACAUUAAUGGUAAUUUUGAAUGGUAACAGUUGCUCAACUUGUGCUUUUUUAAUAUUUGUAUUGCUAGGCCUAGCAUAUUGAAAGGUGUUUAACAUAAUAAAUAAGGAAAUAUAUAUGUUGUGUGUGUGUCUGUAUAGAUAUAAAAGGAUUGCCAUAUUUAAAUGUUAUUAGUAGAUGAAGGCUGUGUCUGAGAAGUCUGAAAUAGCUGUGCCUUAAAGAACCACCAUAACACUGCCUUCUGCUUUCUCUCUAAGCACCAUAAUAGGAAAAUUGGUACACAGCAAUAAAACCACCCUUACUGUUGAGGUAUGGAUGACCAAAUCUACAAAUCGAGCUAUUUGGUUAGCAGCUACUUAAAAGCUGUGUUUCAGUACACUCCCCUGAUGACUACAAUAUUAAAAAUGGGGAUGCUUUGGCUGCCUAUUUAUAAUACUCUGAUAUUCUCUCUUUGUGAGGGACACUGACUGCCUUUAUGCCGAGCAAUUGCAGCACAGUUGUCUUGUUGGGGAAAAUGAUAAUUCACAGGACUAUGGCUUUGUUAGAAUAUUUUAAUGCUGCUGAAUAAUUUGUCAACAAAGGCUCUGCAGGUUCAAUUCUCAUCAGAAAAUCCUCAUUGCUGCACACAGGAGUGACCAAUAAGGCUUUUAUGUGGAGGAAAAUAUUUCUAAACUUACUGUUCUUUUUCAAUAACAGCUUGACAAUUUACACAAGUAACAUCCUGACUUGUAAUGGAUUAAACAGUCAUUGUGUGUAUUUCUUAA